CCGGGUGGAGCGCCAUAUUGUAUGUCGUAACCUUGCGGUGAAGGUUGAACUCUUCUGCUCGUUACAGAGGUUCAUAAGGACUUUUGAGGACUCUUUUUCUCCUGGUAGCUCGCUAAAGUAUUCCCGCAGAGUUCAAGAUGUUUUCCUCGUUCCGAGACGUGGCAAAAUGCAACCCUUUUUUCAGCCCGUUCCAGGCGCAGUGUGAGGGGAGGGCACCGGCGAAAGAUGGCGCCCUAGUUCCAACAAGAAAUCUUGGCGCGGCAGCGGCCGCCGAAGGAGACAGCUGUGAGUUUGGAAGUGCUAAGUACUAUGCUCUGUGUGGUUUUGGAGGCAUCUUGAGCUGCGGGCUCACACAUACAGCCAUCGUGCCCCUGGAUCUGGUGAAAUGCCGCAUUCAGGUCAGGACAAGUCCUUAGACUCCCUACAAUAUAAACUGAAUAUUGUAGA